CCUGGAAAUAAAAAAAAAUGACAACUGGAUUUUUUCUCGAUGAAUAAUUGAUCGAUUGGAGUAACCGAGUAACGAUAUUUCCCCCAGGAGUCAACCAAUAAUAAAUUACCAAUAAAUAAUAACCAGUGAAGGGUAAAGGAUAAACAAACAGGAGAUGCAGAGAUGUUUAUGAAAUAAAUAAAUGAUGAGGAUGGAGUGAUUCCUCUGGGAUCCACUCGAGGGUGGAAAUUGUUCCUGAAGUGUUGGGGAACUCGUGAUUUGUGAGAGAAUUGUUGGUCAAGGUCGUGAAAGUGAAGUAUCCAGGUAUCAGUGAAAUGGCAUUCAUGAUGAAAAAGAAAAAGUACAAAUUUUCGGUUGAAGUUGGCCUUGAGGAGCUCACCGCAGUGCCUUUUGUAAGUGCUGUGCUGUUCGCUAAAUUACGACUGCUGGACGGCGGUUCAUUCGUUGAUCACUCCACUAGGGAGGAAGUCGGGGAACACACGGUGAGAUGGAAUGCUAAAUUUGAAUUUCUCUGUAAGAUGAGUGCAAAUGCGUCCACUGGGAUUCUCGAUCCCUGUAUCCUCAGGAUAUCUGUGAGAAAGGAGCUGAAGGGAGGCAGGUCCUUCCAAAAACUCGGCUUCACUGAUCUCAACCUCGCUGAAUUCGCUGGAGCUGGAUUGUGUCGGAGACGAUGUCUCCUCGAGGGUUACGAUGCAAGACACAGACAGGAUAAUUCCAUGCUCAGAGUAGCAAUAAAGAUGAAUAUGCUCUCUGGUGACAUACUUUUCAAAGUACCCUCUCCCUCGCUGAAACAAACGCAAUUGGCAGUGCCAGGUGUCCCAGGUGGUCCUCCAGGUGCCACUGACGAGGUCGUCGGUCCAGACAGAGGUACCAAUCGUGAGGAUUACGUAUCUAGUGGAUCACUGGCGGGUUCUAUAGCCAGUGCCAGUAGUGGAUUCGGUAGUCUUCCAAAGAAAAGGCCAGCAUUGUUCUCUUCAGGGGUAUGGAUCCUUGAACUCCCACAGCCAACACAGCAGACAAAGUAGCAGCGGAGACAGCGGUCACAUCAGGUCACCCUCCUGGCCGGUGUGGGCUCCACGCCUCCCCACAUUAUCCCAAAAUCAAUGUUACACCGGAAAUGAGUCUGGAAAUGAUAGUGCCUAUUUAACACCCCCAAAUAACCCCCAAGAAUCCUCUCGUUUCUGGUCACCAGUAACACCAGUGUCAUCCAGAAAUCGUGACAGACCACCGGAUAACUCAAGCACACCAAAACCACCAGACGUUAAAAAUGGUACAUUAAACAACAACAUAACAGAUAUACCAGUGGCUUUCAAAGUGCCAGGGGUCCAGGAGGUGUUACGAUACUCAAGGAGACACUGCAUCAAGGAGAAAUUAAAUCAGAGCAUUGACAAACCAGUGAAGCCACAUAUUGGUGAAACCAGCUGGAGAAAUAUAUCAAAAACUUGUGAUUGCAUUGAGAAAGGUAAAACAAGUCCUGUUCUCAGACUGGUUGAUCAGACACGAGCUGUAUCCUCUCCUGAUCCUUUACAUACCCCUCGAUCCUCGCUUCAAUCCACAACGGCAGCUCAGAGCCUCAGCAUCUGGUCUUCAACUGUUCAUCGCAAAAGACGGAACAACAGCUCUUGGCAGUCACGAGGUAAAAAGCCAGAUGCCAGCUGGAGUAUUUAAACAAGUGGUGAUGGAGGAGAACAACAGGUAACACGAAAUAACAUCAUCACGUCGACAGUAUUCCCGACAAUCGACAUCAACGACAUUUGCACUUGCUCUAGUACCAGAACUUGUGUACGAGGCGUACGAGCCGCGGUAGUAGAUCAGGAUUAACCGUUAAAUUUCAAUUAUAAAAUCGUGUAAAUCCUAACGACAAUGGUGUGUCACACCUGAAUUUUCAUUUUUAAAUGAUAUAAAAUUGUUUAAACAAUAAUAUACAGUUAGAUCCUCCAUUUUGCUGGAUCACGCACACGCGAGACGAAGACUUCUCAGAUGAAUUACUUUAUCUCAAUGAAUUAAUGCCAGAGAUGAUAUUGAUUGAUCCAUUAAUUUUUAAUCUGCAAGGGGAUUUUUAAUGCUGGAUAUUGAGGAUUCGAUGAUAAAGCUGAAAAACUAUUUUCUUCCGUUUUUCUUCUUUUUUUUAUGACAAGCGAUUGCACAAACACGCGUUACACUGUCGAUUUGUUUAGCGGUGAAUAUUAAUAGAUGACGAAUUAUGGAAUUUAAAAUCGUAAAUGUUAAUGGAUAUUGAUAAGGAUUAAUGCGCUUGCAUCAGUGACGGUUCCUUUUUCAUCAUUCUGCAGUAUUUUUUUGAUAAUUAUCGCGGUUUCGUACUCAGGGCGUAUGUCCUCGGGCCGGUGUUUAAGAUUUGAGUUUUUGAAAAUUCGGGGAAUGAUGGAUGGAUGUUCCAGAUUCGAUAUCUCGCGACUGAACGAUGCGAUUUCGAAAAUUUCGCGGCCAUUUUGAAGGGCUGGAAAAGAGCUUUGAGAUGAAUUUUUGAAAAAAAAAAUUCACUCCGCCGAUCUCGAGUUAUAGAUUAUUGAAUAUCAGAGUUUUGAGGGUGUCGUGGAAAAUCGAUUCUGGGACUUAAUUGAGGAUUUAAUCGAUCAUUUCGUCAAUUCGAUUGUUAGUUGGAUAAUAUAUUUCAAUAAGUUGAUAAUCGAGGGGCAUGGGAUAUUGUCAUAAGCCCUGGGGACGAAAAUUCAUAAUAAAAAACGAAUAGAACCGUAAAUUAAUGGAAUAAUUUGAUAAAUUCCACGGAAUUCUUUGAAUGCCUUCGAUAAAAAUUAAAUUCUCUUGUAUAUGUGUACAGUUAUGUGUGACUGGAUUGGUGCAAGCCGUUAUGUAUAGUAUAGCGAUUUGUAUAUAAUAGCCUAGUGAUUGUUAUGUAGCUAAAUGGCCGAUCAUACAUACACUGUUCUUUUUUCCAUAAUAAAAAUAAAUAAAAAUUCCAGCAAACGGCAGCAAAAUGAAGUUCCGAUAAACAGAUGAUUAUUAAAUCCAAUUGAUUAAAUCGAUCAUCAAUGCGCGGACGAGUAAAUGAUAAAUGUUUGAUUCGAGAGCUUGUGUGCCAGAUUAAUUGUUUAUUCUCAAUUAUUGAGGUUUUCUUCCCAAUUGCCAUAGCUGAAUCGUGAGGAAUUGAUGAAUUCAAUAAUUAGCUGAGGCAUUUUAAAUUAAGACAGAAAUUGUUUAAUUCUUUAUUUUAGAUCGCCUCUGUUGAGAUUAGACUUGCCAAAUAAAAAAAACAAUUUUAGGAUGAAAUUGUGAAAUGGAAUUUGUCUCUUGACAGUCAUACUGCAUCCACAAAUUCAUCAGAGAAUUUAACAAUUAAGGAUUAUUGUUUUUCAGUUGAAAAAAUUGAAGGCCAAUGGGCUUAACUGUUUAUUGUACACUCGGUUUGAGUAUUAUUUUAUAUAAAAUGACUGAACAGCUUAAUGGUAUUACAGUGAUAAUGAUUUUCAAUGCUUUUUGUUUAUCAAUUCAUUUAGCCAGGCGAUUGUGCCACUAUCACUUCAAUGAUUGUUUAAUGAGUCAAAUAGUGUCAGCAAGUGGAUGUUAAAAAAAUAUAAAUGUGGAUAAAUUUUUUUAUACAAUUUGUAGGGAAUUAAAAUUUAAGGCAUUUGUUUGGACAUUAUUUUCUAUUUUAUUGUUCGAUUAUUUUCAUUCGGUUGUCCUUAGCUCUCGGCGUCUGAAGAACAUUUACUUUUUUUCUUUAUUUUUUUUUUUUCCUUUUUAUUUAUCAGUGUGAGAUAGUGAUGUUGUGAUAUUUCUAAUGUUGUAACAGUUGUGGGAGAUAAACAAAUUACUGUAUUAUGGAUUGUAUUAUAUAAAUUAUUUUUAUUUUUUUUUUAGAGGUGAUAUUCUUUGCUCGUUUAUGGCUCAAUGGAAGUUUUGAGACUCGACUGAACGGAAUGUCAACUCAAAAUUUAUCUGAACAGUUAUGUUAAUCAAACCAAAACAAUAAAAGAAAUAUUUGAUGAGAAA